ACGAAGCAAGACAGUGUAACGUGCUGAUGCCCUGCGUGAAGGAUUGAUUCUUCGAAACGGCUGUAAUCUAUUAAGCAAUUAACGUAUAAAACCAACAAGAUACGGGAUAUAUGGUCGUCGAUAAGGAAAAUGUAUAAAGUGAUAAGCGGUUGUGGCUGGUGCUUACCAUUAAAGUGAAUCAGUGAAUAAAAAACAACGUGCAAAUAAGCAAUAACAUAGUCCAAUAACAAUAACGAAAGACAUCCGAUCAUGGAAUUGCCGGUGACGAUACGGGAGAGGAGUGUGGACAUCCGAACGGUGAUUGAAGUGAAAGGGAAAUAUAUCGUGCUAAGUGAAAUUAAAUCACGCAUAGAAACCCUCUUGGCCAACUCUACUGUUGAAGAGGUUCGUAUCUUUGCUGGCAUCAUUCUUACCAUCGAUGUGGAUCUUUCUCGCGAUGUUUGGCAUGGGCGAAAUCUGGUGGUUUUGGCGAACGAAAUCAAAGUGUGCACUGCGGUUCGUUGGAAUGUGUCUGGGAAAGAUAACGACCAUACCUACACGUCCAAUGCCGGUACGGAUGGGAACGGUGUUGGCAAACAAGGAGCCGAUGGAUAUCCGGGCGAAAGUGGAGGUAACGUUUUAUUGCAGGCAAACACAAUUCAACACCCCGAACGAUUGACGAUCAUUUCGAACGGUGCAAACGGAAGCAACGGUCAGGAUGGUGGCAAUGGAAAGGCGGGCGUCGACGGUAAAGGUAUCUCUAGGGCAGACUUUGAGGACAAGUUUCCGCCGACUGCCAAGUUUUUGGAGGGGCCUCGUGCUAGCCGCGUAGAAACCACUGUCAAAAACAUUAAAAACUUAACUCGAAACAUUAAAACACAGUGGUUGGUUACAACAAUGCCCUUAUUUCCCGUCAAUACCACUCACAGAGAAAACGUACUUUAUCACACGGAUUUUCGUAUCGAUUACUUUAACAGUCUUUACAUCGAGGUGGAAACGCACGAUGGCUGCGAGAUAACUUUUUCUUUUCAGCAAGGCACAACGUUUUACAACUGCCAAUCGUUUCUGAUGUACAAGGGAACAUCUGGCCAGCGUGGACAGGCUGGCGGAGGAUAUGGGCUGGGAGGUCAAGGUGGAUUUGCUGGCGAAGUGACAAUUAAACGUUUAUACGACGGUCGUACGUUUGACAUUAAGACAUACUGCAACCGGGGCAAUGAUGGAGAUAACGGAAAUGGUGGAUUGUAUGGUGCGCACGGUAAAAAUGGUUGGGACAUGGGUUAUGUGGAUUACAUAACGCACGAACCAAAAUUGUAUGGACAGGAUGAAAAGAGCAAACUUCAGCUGUCGUUCUAUGAAGAAAAUUCAUCCAGCAGAAUGUAUUGUCCAUAUAAGGCUUACAUCGACAGCAGCUACAAAUAUGCUGGAUUCCAGGUAUCAAGAAUUGACCAUCAAUCUAGUAACGAAUUCAGGGAAAGGAACAACACCCAGUCACGUACCGACAGACAGCAUCAUGCGAAAGCAAUAGGGAAGAAAUCCAUUCCUGGGCUGCGCAUUGCUGCUGCAUUUUCCGAAUACUUGCAAGAAAUUGAACAAGAAAGGCAGCAAUUGGAAAAACAAAGAAUCGAGAGAGAAAAGCAAGAAUUAGAACGGCUGCGAAUCGAGAAAGAAAAACAGGAAUUAAAGAAACAACGGGAAGAACUUGAAAAACAAAAUUUGGAAAAACAACGGAUCGAGAGAGAAAGGAAGCAGGAAUUGGAGAAACAACGGAUUGAAAACGAAAAGGAACAAUUGGAAAAACAACGGAUUGAGCAAGAACAGCAGGAAUUGGAGAGACAACGAAUCGAAAAGGAAAGACAGGAACUGGAAAAACAACGGAUCGAACAAGAAAGGCAGAACAUGUUGCAACAGCGAAUCGAACAAGAAAAGCAACGUUUAACACAACAGCAGAUUGAAAAAGAAAGGCAACAAGAAAUGGCUGAACAGGUGAAAGAAUAUUUGAAUUGUGAUGCAUUGCAGCAAGUUGUUGAAAGCCAAUACGCAGAUCUUGAUCGAGUCACGGAUCUGGACAUAAAACGGUUUGUUAAUUUUACACAAGAUACUUCUGAUCAGGAUCGAAACGAGUUUGUUAAACUUGGUGAAAUGUAUAAAGAUCCUGGUCGAGAGGAAAUAUUCAGCAAAUUGUACAAUAACUUGAAUCUAGACGAUUGGCUACAGCUUCGAACACGUCCUGCUGAUCGCCCUGAGCUGGUGUCUUUGGUGGAACAUUUUGAAACAUUAAAAUCACAGUUCGAACGAUUGCUUGGAAGGGAUUGCAGUGCUAAGAUAACGCCCAUUACGGAAACGUUGAAAAUCAAGUAUAAAACAGCAAUUCUAAAAGAAAUUACUCAGGAACUGCCGACCUAUCACACAACAGUGAAUCGUUUCGUAUUGACAGCACAGACUGUAGCGAGAUAUCUGGAAGAAACGGAUGAAAAAAAUGACACAUUUUAUCAUCCCGUUCUUGGCACUUUAAAGCAAUACAUUUUUGAAAACAAUCCAGCUCAACGAGAUAACAUUAACAAAUUCAUGGCAAAAGCAUCAGAAAGUAACGACAAUGCGAUCAAACGUGCCGUAGAAACAUUCAUUAUGGAAACAGAUAGCUCAAAAGAUGAAAAUAAACGUGUGAAACUGUUUUAUGAUGAGUAUCAGAAUUAUUUGGAGAAACAGCAAAGAAAUAUUGAUGCUAUAACGCAAUCAUUAGCAGCAGAACUAAAGAAAUCUAAACAUCAAGAAGCAUUCCGUCUGUGGAAUGAAAGCAUUGAUGACGAUGGUUUGCUGGAGGAUUUUGAAGAAUUGAUUAGAAAAGAUAAGGUGUUAAGCUCACUGUAUGAUGAACUGAAGCGUGCCGAAAAUGCUGAAUAUGAUUGGGAAAGGUGUUGUGCCGAUGAAAAAAUACAAGAAAUAUUCCAGAUCAACUUAAAGCAGGAAGGAAUCAUGUGCAAAAGUUACAGAAUACUGCUAGCGUAUGUAUAUGAUGUGAACAUUCGGGUGUAUGCCAAGAAUGAAGACAAUGAAAUCGUUCUGAUAGAAGAUCAUAAUCCAAAAUCCAUUAAAAUUACACACAUUUUACACAAAUCGAACGAAUUCAUUCAACUGAAAAUCAAUGAAAGCUUCCGCCAGUUAGAAGAAGAGCGUCUGCACAAGGAUCGAAUUUUCAGACGAAUUCUGACGGAGAUAAACGGAAUGCAGGACAUACAGACCAUCGAGAAUUACUUCGAACGAAAAAUAUUUUAUCGAAACAGUUCUAUUUUCGCUAAAAUGUUUGAAGAUUUAGACGACGAGAUAACAGUUGAAAAGAUUGCAGCAUUUUUUUCAGCCGAUGAGAAGGACCAAAUUGCUCAUCGUCUGAAGAACAUUUCUCCCAAAUACACCGGCCAACAUGGAGUGUUCGAAAGCAUCUUGCUGCGUUUUUCUUUCGAAGGCAGCCAUGUGUCAUCUAACGAACUGUGUUUCUUAAUCAACUCUAUACUUGCUCACACUGUUGAAGCAAGGCAAGAAAGGUACACCUUUUCAUGGAUUGUUGCAGCAUACAAUCAGUGCAGUUGGACAGAUGAGCUGGUGUUGCUGCAGCUGGAGAACUGCUACAAGAGACAGCUGCAGGAAAAACCCAAAUGGCGCAAGUACAUGUCAAAAAUCGAAAAUAAGGCAGUUUUGUUAGUAUUUUCUGUUCAGUUUACUCGUAAGCCUUGUCCUGCGCAGUGUGUUGAAGAUAUCUUGCACUUGCUGAGUAACAUUCCAAUAGAAUCGAUUUGUCUAGAUGAACUGGAGCUAACAGAGUGGCCUUAUGUGCUUAAGGAAUGCUAUUGGACACAUAAGUUGAAAGCUCUUAUAACGUGGGGAAAUGACUCGGAAGCCUUAACUUCUGCUUCGUUCUUCGUUCUGUCCAUAGAGAACACGUAUGGAAACAAGUUGGUGGAGAAUUUAUUUGAAUCGUUGGUGGAAAAGCGCAGUGAGCUUACGCAUUCUAUGUUAUUAAACGUGCUAUCUUGCUUUCAUAAACAAAAGUGGAAUUUAUGUGUUGAUGAUAUUAACCUUUUAAGUCGAUGUAGUAUCAAGAAAUGGAUUAAACAUAUGGAAGAAAAGUUCAAGAUAAACUUAAAGGAAUUAAAUAUUUCACAGAUAGCAACUAUCAUUAGAGGCAAUGCUAACACAUCAAAUAAUAUAGUGAAACAUUUACCUCAAAUUGAAAAUUCAGUAACAAGCAUUUAUAAUAACAAGAGAACGAUACACACGAGUUUGAUAUCCUCUUUUUUGCUCAACGACGUAGAAAAAUGGGUUCAAGAGUUCCAUGUUAAGAACCAGAAAACGAAUACAAACAUGUACGAAGAAAUGCUUGCUGUAAUAGGUAGGGCAAUUGAGCUUAAGAGAGGGUUUAAGUUACGAGACACCCAGCUAUUGACAAUUUUGGCCUUACUAGUCAACGAUAACAGCACUUUGGCACAAGUAUCUACAGGCGAAGGUAAAUCAUUGAUCGUAGUAGCGACCGCGAUCAUUAAAGCGCUCCUAGGGGAGAAGGUAGAUAUUAUCACCAGCUCCUCAGUACUGGCUCAACGAGAUGCUGUCACCAACAAUGAUAUCUACGAAUUGUUUGGUCUUAGUGCCUCCCACAACUGUAGCGAACAGAUAGAGGAGCGAAAGGAAGCUUACUCAUGUAAUCAAAUAAUUUACGGAGAUUUGGCAAACUUUCAACGUGACUAUUUAUUAGACAGAUUUUAUGGAAAGCAUGUAUUGGGUGAUCGUAGCUUUGAAAAUGUGAUCGUCGAUGAGGUGGACAGCAUGUUGCUCGAUAAGGGAAACAAUAUGCUAUACCUGUCGCAUGACAUUGCUGGUAUGGAUAAGCUGGAAUCGGUAUACUUGUUCAUUUGGCAAAUGGUCAACAGUCCAACCGAUCUUCCGGAAGAUGUACAUAUGGAAGCGGUUAAAAGAUCAGUUUUAAGUGACAUGUAUGCAAUCAUCCAGAAAGAGGAUAUCCAAAGUUUGGACAAUGCUUUGGGAAAAUCGAAUGUAUUGGUGCUAUGGGAGAGAUUAAUUAAGUCUGGAAUAAUAAAUGACGCAGGAAGAUUACAAACGAAAGCUAUUGAUUCCAACAAAUUAGAAAAAGUACUUAGACCAGAUUUCACACAAUACAAAGAUCGUCUAAGCUUCUUGCUUAUGUCUUGUCUCGAACGCGAAACGUGCAUCAAAAUACCAAAUUAUCUAAAAGCAUUCGUGGAGAGACACUUGGACCGUUGGAUAUCCAGUGCCAUAACAGCGCUGUACAUGGUCCCGGGACAGUACUAUGUGGUCGACGUCGAUAGAUCGGGAACAAGUGCCGACCUUAAUGCAAAUGUAAUUAUUCUCGAUAGGGAUACGGGUACUGAUCAGGUGAGCUCACAGUGGGAUGAGGCGUUGCACCAAUUUUUGCAGCUUAAGCACGGUUGUAAGCUGUCAACCCAAAGCCUGAAAGCAGUUUUCAUUUCCAACGUUACAUAUUUGAAAAUGUAUGAACUGCUUUAUGGUUUAACAGGAACGUUAGGAUCACAGAGAGAAAGACAUCUGCUUGAGGAGAUACAUCGGGUUGACUUUGUUACUGUUCCUACCGCCAAGUCGAAGCAGUUUGAAGAGUAUGAACCUAUCAUUUGUUCGAGCAGUGAGGAUUGGAAAAAACAAAUACGACAAGAGGUGAAUAAACUAACAAAAAUUGAUAAAAGAUCGGUCCUGAUCAUUUGUGAGACGAUCAGAGAUGUCGAAUCAUUCCAGAUGGUGUUUGAUUCUGAGGAGCACUCAAACGUUCACACUUAUGUACGUGAUUAUGAAACGUUUACUGUUGCGGAAGGGGACAGAAAGUUGGAACCGGGACACGUUAUCAUUGCUACCAAUUUGGCAGGUCGUGGCACAGAUAUAAAAAUAUCCGACGACCUUCGGAAGGCCGGAGGGUUACACGUGAUACUAACAUACCUUCCGGCGAACAUUCGAAUUGAAGAGCAAGCAUUCGGAAGAGCAGCUAGAAGCGGAGAUAAGGGAUCGGGUCGGAUGAUAAUAAUGAUAACCGAUGGAAAAAUGCACAAUCGUUCUAUGAUAUUUACCCUCAAGCAAAAACGCAAUGUCGAUGAGCUUUUCCGCAUAUCUGCUAUAAAAACUUAUUACGAAACCACUAUUAAAACAGAAGAGAGUUGUUUUGAAGCAUUCAACGAGUUGUAUGAGAAAAAAAUGAAACUUUUAGCUAAUGCGAAAGAGCCAGUGAAGGAUAUUCUGCUCCAAUGUUGUUUGGACAGAUGGUCGUUUUGGUUAGACGAAAACAAUGUACAGAUAGGAAAAGCAUCAGAUGACGCUUCCAAGCGGGAAGUAAAACAACUGUUGGAGCACUUUCUAUCACAAUUUGAUGAUCUGAAAGCAACGAGCGCAAACUAUUGGCCAGCUUGGGUUGAAGAAAACCCAAUGCAAAUGAUCAAAUUGGGAAAAUAUAUUUCACAACACGAUUCGAAGCAUCGCGAUACAGCAAUGCAACUGUUUGGGAAAGUUAUCUCGAAUGAACCGUGUUUUUGCGAAGCCGCUUAUUACUAUCGUGCAUACACACGAUCGCUUGACAACAUGAACGUUGGCGACUUCAAAAAGGAUUUGCGUAUGGCAGAAAAACUCUUAAACGAUCAUAUAAAAUAUGCAAUGCAUGCAUCAGGUAUGGUGUGUAAGCUAAAGAAUAACACACCACCGAUCGAGGGCUAUGAAGAGCAAAAGAAGUGUCUCAUUAAUCUAUACUCAUUGUUCAUUCAAUCCAUAGACGACAUGUUGGGUCAUGCUGUAAGUCCUGAAUCGUUUGUUAAUUAUGAAAUAAAGGAGGAUGUUGCUGGAAUAAUCUUUGACGAUCUUGUACGAAUCGGCAUGAUAAAGAAGGCUCAAGUAAUCGAUAACAUACCUAAUGAUCAGAUUCAGAGACUUCACGUCGAGUACGGGAUACCUGUAGAUCAGUUGAAGAAGUUCUUAGCUCAACAUAGGGGCCCUAUCGAUGACAAAGAAUUCCUUAAAGCUAUUCGAGAAUCAUUUUCAUUUCCAAGCAGAAGCGAAUUUUGGGAAACACUUAUUAACCAAAAGGCUCUGCUCAGUGUUGAAAGGUAUGUUGCGAUCAAUGAAGAACGGCUCAAAAUAAUGAAUCCUGCUCUAAUGAACGUUCUGAAGGAAAAGGUAGACAAAGGACAGCUGGUGAAAGCAGUUGUUAAGCUAGAUAAGCGCCAGAUCUUGUUGAUCCACGAACAACAGUCACAGUUUUACUAUGAGAAAGAGAAGCUCAUUGAUAUGAUCGGUAAAACGAAGUAUAUCUCUCUUGAAGAAAAUGGUCUACUAUCAUGCAACGAAAAGGCAACCAUAGACCCAAGUAGAAUUACUGGUUGUGUGUUCUCUGCCUUUGAUUCUAUAACAGUUCAGGAUAUUACAAACAAGACAAGAAUUACAACGAGUGAAGCGAAAAAUAUCAUCGCAGAACUACUUAAGCGUAAUGUUCUACAAAAAAGGGGUGAAACGUUUGUCCUACCAAUGAACUAUGACGAUAGCCAGGAUGUCUUGCUUCCCACCUAUCCAGUGUAUGAGAGUGUCGUUAGAAACGUCCUUGCUUCAUGUUUUGCCUACAGAUUAGCUCUGAGAAACAUUGCACGACAACUAGAAGAGGAGAACUGUUCUGACAUUCGUAUAGAAUUGAAGCCCAAUCCCCAUCAAAUGUUUUUUACCGACUUACUGGAGCAUAAGAUAAUACUCCCUCCUAUGGCCACGCAUGAGAUCGAUGAAAGUAAAAUCAAGGCAAUGUAUAAAACAUCAUGGUCGAAAGGGGCAUGGAUAAGCAUACUUUCUAAGGAUAUUGGUUUGUCUCAAGAAUACACCAAGCUCCUGGUGGAUGUGCUGCUUAAAAACCGUUUUAUUGUUCCAAACCCCUUAAUGGAAUUGUUGUUAUUUUCUCCUUCAAAUAACAUGUCUGAAGAAAUAAAGAAUGCAUUGACAAGCUACAGGUUCAGUUCGAAAGAUGACCGAACUAGCGUAGCCUAUUUAAAAUCAUGCAUUGCAUCAAUCAAUCAAAAGCAUGGACUUCUUGAAUCCUACGACGUUGGAGUUGCGAUUGAAAAGUGGUUUAACAAUCAAUUGCUGUUAAUUGAAAACGGAACUGCUAAACAUAUUGAGAAUGUCUUAAGUAAGUCGAAAUCGUCUCUAGCAGCAUUAAAUGUUCCGCAUGGCGCGCUGAAAUCGAUCAUGGACUUUUAUGGUAAAGGAAACUUUGGAAGCAUCGAUGAGAUGCGGAUCUUCAUUACAAAUGGAUUAGAGCAUCUGUUAGAGCUAGGAGAGAGAAAAUGGACCAUGGAAAUGAUAUUGAAAACCUCACUGGUGUUAGCGUUUGGUGUAGCACAGAUAACAAUUGGCGCUAUAAUGAUGGUGUAUUCGGUUGGAAUGAUGACUCACGUUGCCGGAGCUUUCAUGGGCGAAGGUGUCAGCGACAUCAUGUUUGCUGUGGGUUCUUUUAAGUCAGGUCACUUCAGCUGGAAAGAUUACGGAAAGCAUAAGUUACAAAGUCUGCUUUUUACGAUCGGUACGGCCGGUGUGGGAAUGUAUCUCUCCCAGGGCGCCAAGAUGUCUCGCAUAGGUUAUAAAGUUGCUGGACCAAGCCUGGAGUACGGUGGCAAACGGGUUGCCGAAUCAUCCGGAAAGCAGUUAAUCAAAGCAGUUGGUGGACGGACGGUCGUUAAGGAGAUAGCGAAGUGUGUGGCGCUCAAAACAGCAGAAAGUGUCGCAUUUGCUGUGGCAAAUACGGCCGUGGAUACGGUUGUUGAAAAUCAUCUGCAAUCCAUGUUGAACUCCUUAGCAUCGGAUAUUUUAUCUGGAGUUAAGGGUGAAGUAGCAAAUCAUAAGGUUGCUCACAAUUUGCAGAAAGCGUACGAUCGUUUAGGUGAAAAUGAUGCUAGAGCCCUCGUGAACGACUUGACAAAUGCAUACAUGUUGGAACAGAACACGACACAAACCUUCCUUCCAUUCACCAAGCAAAUAAGCCAAAGCGUGAUGCAAGGAAUCGGGAAGGCAAAUAAAAAAACAGGUACCACAAACAGUGCCAUGGUGCUCAUCAACCAAAUCAGUCGAGUAAUGGAUUGUGUGGAUCGUGUUGCACAAGUCUAUAAAAUGCGCAACGCAACAUACCAAUUGCUUGAUAGUAUUAACAUCGAAAUGGAGCGGAAACUCGCAAACAUUGAGCAGAACUCAGCUCCAUCGAAAGAAACCCCGGUAAAUGGCAAAGAUUUCGAGCGCUUUCAAAGGGAAGUGGUUGAGCAAUGGGAAACGACGUUAAGUAAGCACGUUGGGCAACUGAUCGCACAACAUGUUGUGCUGCCAGUGCUGAAAAUGGGCGUAAAUAGUGUCCUUUUACAUGUAGGUACAGCAUUGAAGGACAUUAGACGCAGCAUGAUAGAGUCGGAAUUGAGCAGAGAUGUUCACCGGCUAAAGGACGAACACGAACAGAAGAUGAAUCGGCCCGAUAUGACAGCAGAAACAAAGCGUCAACUGACAGAGGAAUAUCAUGGUCAAUUGCUGAAGAUUAUGCGCAAGACUCGUAGUCCGUCUCUGUUUGCCACCAUCAUCCGGGAAAACGUUCCAAUGGAUUUGACUUGUGUCGGGGCCUGUACUCCAAUGAUACAUAAAAUGCUACAGGCACAACAUGGUGCGUUAUCGGGGCUCACAAUCACUGUCCACGGGGAAAAGGGUAUAAAACAAUCGUUCAGUUCUGGAACGGGUGGUCCCGAGAUUCACCUAGAUCUGAAGGGCAAUCAUUUCACUUUCGGAGCUGGAGAGUCAACUGUUGCCACGACAGGUAAUAAUUGUCUGUACGGAGCACUAGCCACAGCUAUACCGGAUCUGCAAGCUGUAGGAGAGGAUUCGUUCAGGUCCAUGUUGUGUGAUUCCAUCCAGAAUGAUGACAGCAUGCACCAUCACAUUCGACAGGGUUGGCAUCGUGUGCCGUUAAAGCAUGGUGCGGUUGGCGGAGCCCGCAAGUCCCCUGCCAACACGACCAAUAAAGGAGAUGGUACAUUCAAAACACCGACGGUGAUCCUGUCGAAUGAUAGACCGAAAGGAAAACCUAAAGCACGUUGCUUAAGCAAAACUCCGUACGUAGAUGAUGAAUCAUCCACGACCAAUGAGCUGCAAGGCGAUUCAAGUCAACCCGUCACGAACGAUUCCAGAACUCCCGAGUAUCAUCUGGAUUCGCGUGUAGCUCACCAUACGGGUCGUUUUGCAGGGGAGUUGAAAAAAAUCGCUGAAAUAACGAACAUUCCUGUGGAUGAACUGAUCAAAGCGGGGCGCAGUAUGUUCAAGGCGAGCAGAAACUGCUCUGGACAGAAUCAGCAGCAGGCGCAUGUGGUGCGGGUUUCCAUCCUGGUGGAAAGGCUAAAAACCGACUUUCCAGAUUUAUACCAAAGGCUCACACGACACGCCGGUCACACACAGCUAGUUGAUAAGUUUGUGAACGUGUUUCAUAAAAUAGGUGGAGAUAUCGAUAGGAAUCAGGCCGACUGGAUACUUGAUCUUGCAACUGUAGAUUUCACGAAAGGAUUAAACGAUCAUUCGAGAGGAGUGUUUGAGAAAUAUAAGAGCUCUGUUUUGAGAGUAUUUGAUAACAACAUCAACUCAAACAAGUACAGUAAAGAGCAGGUGUUGGUUAUAAAAAAUGCAAGAAAAAUUAUUAAUAACACUAGUACAGAGGUGUUGUUUGAACGUGCACAGAAAGGAUAUGAUUUUAAAUAUGAAUACAAACCUUCGGGGCGCGGUGUGGGAAGACCUAAAAUUUAUAGAACAGAAAACGAGGAAUAGGUUUAUUGGUUCCUUAAUUUUCGACAUACUUUGAGGGCAAUGAGAAAUAGGUGCAACUUUCAGAAGAGAUAUAAGGAUUUAUUUGAAAUAUUGACGAGGUGCAUCGGAAGGAUAUCUACAUUUAAACUAUAUAGAGUUAGUUUCAUAGCUACAUAACCUACACCAGCUACAUUAUAGCUUCAGCUGGAUGAAAACCAGCUAGUUAUUUAAGCGUCCCUGUUUAAGUAGUUUUGCCUGUGUACUUAUUUAGAGUUCGUAAUUAGUGAUCAUUUUCCGAGACACAAACGUAAGGGUAAGGCAGAAACCUCGGUUGCCCAAUGAACCCAAUAAGGUGGACACUUAACAAGAGACAUAAGGGUAACCAUUGAAGAAACAUCUCCUUCGUAUUACGAAUCCCCUGGCAUUCUACUACAUUCAUUUUGAUUUUUUUUCGCAUAGCCAUAGUGGCACGGGAAGGUCUUGUGGUACUGUCGUUAAGUUGCGCGGCCUAACGCCGCACAUGGACCGAAGCUUCCUUCAUAUACAUGACUGAUUAUUCUGCUUUAGGAAUAAACCAAUCACAUCGCCAGCAGCCAAGCCUAUCGGUAGCCUAGACCGGCUGCGAUUGCUGCACCCAAUGCGAGAUAAGAGAGCGAGCUUGUGGUAGGAGCGAAAAUCUGGUUUUUAUUUCGUUUUCUACAGGCUUUGUGCCUAUUGGCUUCAAUCUCUACGUAGGAGAUAAAAUGGUUUCAUGAAUGCUAAGGGAAUAUGGAUAGAGUAAUGUUACGCCCCUAAAUUACAGGUUCAUGUGUUCGUUAAUAUCAUUGUUCAUCCAACUUAGUUGUGCUGGUAUAUUUUCUGCGACCCGCUGAUAUAGAGUGGGGUAGGAGAUGCUUAAUUGUUUAUCACACGAUUACUGGAGGUUAUAGGAGAGAUACAUUUGUAGGUAAAUUAUAUUGCAAAAUUAUUUUAAUUUGAAGUUUUUUACCCGCCAUCAAGAAUAAGCGACGCGUAGCUAACUCUUGAGAAAUAAGCGCUUAUCGCAUUUACGUUUAUACUGAAGAUGGAAUAAUCAUAGGCAGUGAAAUCGGAUAUAGAAUACAAAACUUAAUUGCCUGCGUGUCGCAUUUCAGAAUAGACCCGCCUACACUACAAAAACUGUGCAGCCAAGGCUCGUGAAUUGUCAUGGACCAAACGUCCAUUGUCCAGGGGACCCUGAUCGCUAGUACUCUGCUAACUGUUAUACAUACUAGAUACAAUACACUACCGAUUUACGGGGCCCUCUAACCGAAGGGGCUCGAGGCGACCGUCUAGAGCGGUUGUCGUUGGAUCCGCCACUGUUAGUAGGACUGCGAGUGAAAAAGGCUGCCGGUCAAUUGUGAUGGACGCUACUGAGUGCAAGCAUUACCUUCAGAUAUUGCUGUUCGCGUUCGCGUAGGAAAGUGGUAUCGAAGGCAACGACUGAUGAACUAGCAAUGUUCCGGGCACAGCUGAACGCAAAGGCAGAAAGACACGCCUGGUGAUUUGCUUCGAAUUCUGAAAUACUCCAAACGUUAUUUUGAAAGGAGGUCGACAGAAGUCGAGCUCAAAAGACCGGUUGGUAGAAAUAUUAGUGAUAAGAGUGGAAGAUGGAAAGGAACUAAUAAACCGCUGCUGGAAAAACACAUCUAUAAUGUACGGAUCAACAAUAUCAUCUAGUGGUUUUAGUGCCAUUUAUCGAGGAACAUCGGUGAUUAGGAUGCGCUCGUUUUCGAGAUACAUACGCAACUUGAAUUCGAAUGAGCAAUUAAGAUAAAUCAAUCACGGGGAUCUAAAGUUGAAUGAGAAACAAAGAUAAUUAAAUGACUGAAACAAUGUCUAGAACAAGAUCAAGAAAUGGACUGAACCAGAAGAAAGAAAGUCUUUUGAGCACACUCGGAAGUGAACAUAAUAAAUACCCACUCAAUAAUACUGCGUAGGCUUAUAAUCGGACCAAUCUAACAAUAUGUAACAAAGCAUAUCAAUGCAAAAACCACGAAGCGUUUGUUUAAUAGUUUAACAUGCCGCACUGGUUUGCUGUAUUAUCAGCUGUAAGAUUAGCGAUACCACAAACCGCAAUAUCCAGCACAACAGAGAAAGCCACCGUGAGAAUAACACAUAAAAAUAUACUACUUCAACUAGCGUAUAAAUAGAGAGCUGUUGGGUCACAUUUUAAUCAUUGUGCUACAGUGUUCGCGAAGUGUCACAUCGAGGAAAGUGUUUUUGCUUUAUCAAAAAUCUUACAGAUUGCAUAUAGUUUUUUCAUGUAAAUUUGUUCCACAAAUAAUCAAUUUUUAUGUGUGCUUCUGAUACGUUUAUCAAAGUGUUUACGGUGCUCGUUCCGUUCCGCGAGGAAUCGGUGAUUACGAAAAGGGUUCAUCGUUUGGAAUCUUGUUUGUCAUUUGCCCAAUAGCAAAGUUUGGUUGGGUACUGUUCUUAACAUCAGCAGAUUUAUCGUGAAAAGUGCGGACAAAUUUGAUAAGUUGUCACGCAAUGUUUCUGUUUACUUUCUUACCAUUGUUCUAGCUUAGCGUUUCUGGCGAAGAUUGCUAUAUCAGUGGUUUCGUUCGGUUGAUUAAACACCAUAAAAAAAACAUUGUCUUUAUCAUUCAAGAUCGUUUAUCAAUUUCGAGGCACACAUUAAUUGGAAUAUUUCUUACAAAAAGCCUGUGUAGUCCCUUUUUAUCAUAACUUUAGUUUCGACAGUGGUUAGAAUUGAGCUUUGUGACAAAUGUGCAUCAUUUUAAACAGCUAUUGUUGAAUGUAUUCUGGUCGUUCUGUCUAAGAUAUCAACUGCGCAAACUGGGUAUUCCCUUGUUUCUUAUCAAAGCGCCAAGAACAUCAAUGCUUGAUGCAUAACGCACAACAGUCAGAAUGUUCAAAAGUGAAUAAACCAUAUCAUUUAUCUACAUAAACAUUUAUCUACAGUUCGCGAAGCGUAUUGUUGAUGAUUUGAUUAUUUAAAAUAUCUUCUAUAUUGCAUGUUAAAUAAUCGCAUUUUAAUUUUCUUGUGUAAAAAUCAGUCUUAGUGGCAAUUGCCAACUGAUUUAUUAUUUUAUACUUUAUGCUUUAACAACCGCCUCAACCCAGUAAUACAUACUAACUGUCAUCAUCGGUACAUUCUUUACUAAUUUAAUUACUAAUAUUUAGUGCUAUCGAAAUCCCUACGCGUCCCACAACUUGAGUAGCAAAACAAUAACUUUUGUGUUAAUUCGUUUCGUACCACAAAAUCUCGUUGAUAUACCUCAAUAGCGGGUUCUGUGGGUUUCCUUUAUUUUGCGUGGUUAUUAACAACAUUUUAACAUUAACAGCCCUUUUAUCGAGUAUACACUUAAUCUACUGUUUUUGUUUUACCGCACGACGAUUUAGUUUUUUUCACCCGUUUUUGCUUUUCCUUGCUGUGCAAGUGUUGGUCAGCGUCUGAUAACAAUUUUACUGAUGUUACAUAUUUGGAAAUUAAUACAAUUGAUUCCAUUUUAACUUAUUUCCAAGCAUAGCAUCUGGUUGAUAAACAAAAACAGCAGGUGUGGGAAGUUUUCCUUUUUUUUUUUUUGGGGAUUUCGUCGGCAUUUUUAUCACUCUGAUAGGAUUUGCGAAGCAAGCGACAACAAACCCGGACAACUUGCUGAUACAUUUCCAUUCAUCAUCAUCAUCAUCAUCAUCUUCUUCUUCUUCUUCUUCUUCUUCUUCUUCUUCUUCUUCUUCUUCUUCUUCUUCUUCUUCUUCUUCUUCUUCUUCUUCUUCUUCUUCUUCUUCUUCUUCUUCUUCUUCGCACAACAGUCAGAAUGUUCAAAAGUGAAUAAACCAUAUCAUUUAUCUACAUAAACAUUUAUCUACAGUUCGCGAAGCGUAUUGUUGAUGAUUUGAUUAUUUAAAAUAUCUUCUAUAUUGCAUGUUAAAUAAUCGCAUUUUAAUUUUCUUGUGUAAAAAUCAGUCUUAGUGGCAAUUGCCAACUGAUUUAUUAUUUUAUACUUUAUGCUUUAACAACCGCCUCAACCCAGUAAUACAUACUAACUGUCAUCAUCGGUACAUUCUUUACUAAUUUAAUUACUAAUAUUUAGUGCUAUCGAAAUCCCUACGCGUCCCACAACUUGAGUAGCAAAACAAUAACUUUUGUGUUAAUUCGUUUCGUACCACAAAAUCUCGUUGAUAUACCUCAAUAGCGGGUUCUGUGGGUUUCCUUUAUUUUGCGUGGUUAUUAACAACAUUUUAACAUUAACAGCCCUUUUAUCGAGUAUACACUUAAUCUACUGUUUUUGUUUUACCGCACGACGAUUUAGUUUUUUUCACCCGUUUUUGCUUUUCCUUGCUGUGCAAGUGUUGGUCAGCGUCUGAUAACAAUUUUACUGAUGUUACAUAUUUGGAAAUUAAUACAAUUGAUUCCAUUUUAACUUAUUUCCAAGCAUAGCAUCUGGUUGAUAAACAAAAACAGCAGGUGUGGGAAGUUUUCCUUUUUUUUUUUUUGGGGAUUUCGUCGGCAUUUUUAUCACUCUGAUAGGAUUUGCGAAGCAAGCGACAACAAACCCGGACAACUUGCUGAUACAUUUCCAUUCAUCAUCAUCAUCAUCAUCAUCUUCUUCUUCUUCUUCUUCUUCUUCUUCUUCUUCUUCUUCUUCUUCUUCUUCUUCUUCUUCUUCUUCUUCUUCUUCUUCUUCUUCUUCUUCUUCUUCUUCUUCUUCUUCUUCUUCUUCUUCUUCUUCUUCUUCUUCUUCUUCUUCUUCUUCUUCUUUGUCGUUUGAUCUAAUAUAAGCCAUAUUUACACGUUAUACCAUACGACGGCGUUUGUUAGUAAAUAGAUUCAUCUAUUCAUUCAUUUUCUUCUAUAACAUCGUACCACUUUUUCAAAAACAGAACUGGUACAACAAGUGUUGUUCAAUUGGGAAUCCGAUAAUUGAAUAAAAGCCUAAAAUUUCAAUACCAUCAUGGAGCAGCCGGAAGAUGUAGCGAUACACGUGAAGAAAGAAGGUAGCCGAACGGUUAUCGAAGUGAAAGGCAAGCACAUAGUGCUUAGCGGAGUUAAGCCCCGCAUAGAGGAGCUUUUAUCUAGCUCCACUGCCCAAGAGGUUCAUAUUCUUGCCGGCACAAGUCUUAGCAUUGAUGCGGAUCUUUCUCGCGAUGUAUGGCAUGGACUUAAUUUGAUUGUUCUAGCAAACGAAAUCACAGUGCCCAGCACGAUUACCUGGGAUUUGUCUGGGAACGAUAGCAAUCAUAACUACGCGGCCAACGCUGGUACUAGUGAGGAUGGGCACGGAAAAGAUGGGAACGAUGGAUAUCCGGGCGAAAGUGGAGGGAAUGUUUUGCUACUGGCGAACGCUAUACAAAAUCCGGAACAAUUAACGAUCAUUUCAAACGGCGGUAACGGUACUUGCGGUCAGGACGGCGGAGACGGAGAGGAUGGAGUCGAUGGUAAUGGUAUUUCUAGGGCAGAUUUUGAUAAAAAUUUCCAACACUGUUUGUUUUGGACAGAUAUUGAACGAAGAGCACGUGUACAUAAAAUUGUAAAAAACAUGAUGAAUUUGGCCCAAAGCGUAAAGACACAGUGGGCAAAAGUAACGUAUACGUUUGGUAAUAGUGAUACUUACACAAGCAAUGUACUGGAGCUACCAAUAAAAACGUUCAAUGAUUAUUUAGACAUGUACGUAGAAGUUGUAACGCAAAAUGGAAGUGAAAUAAUAUUUUCUCUGUAUGAAGCUGUAGGAAAAGCUCACUCAUUCUUUGUAUACAAAGGAUCACCAGGCGUAAAAGGCAAACCGGGCGGAAUGUACGGAUUAGGAGGUCAGGGAGGUUUUCCCGGAGAGAUAAUCGUGAAACAUUUACACAAUGAACGUGCGUUUGAAAUUAAAACAUGCAAAAAGGAGGGCAAAUAUGGCGAUAAUGGUAAGGGUGGCCUGUGUGGAAAGCACGGCAAGAAUGGUUGGGAUAUGGGCUAUUUGGGCUGGUUACUCUCCGAACCAACAAUAUACGGACGAGAUGAAAAUAGCAAACUUCAGGUGUCUUAUUACAAAGAAGAUCGAGCAUCGAGACGAAUCAAGUGUCCAUAUAAGGCAAUUUACAGCAGCUACUUGUACGUUGAGAUUAAGGAAUCGAAAAUCGAUCAUCUAUCGCAGAUUGAAUUUAGGGAAAGGAACAACAUCCAGGCACGUGUUGAAAGACAACAUCAUUCGCAAGUGGUAGGAAAGAAAUCCAUUCUGGAAGUGAAAAUUCGUGCUGAAUUCGCAGCAUACUUGCAAUCGAUCGCAACAGAAAAGCAGCGAUUAGCACAACAGCAAAUAGAACAAGAGGAAUCAGCAAAAGAAAAAGAAAUCCUACAACUAGUGAAUAUCUCAAAAAGUGAGCACCAAUCGGCGCAAAAGUUAAAAGAAAAUGGGGAAUACGAUGUCCUUCAGCAAACAGUCGAAGGCCAACAAACAGAUCUUGAACGGGCCACGGAUCCAUACAUUAAACGCUUCGUCAAUUUUACUCAAGACACAUCUAUCCACAAACAAUUUUCUUUUGUUGAGCUUCAUAUCAUGACGAAAUAUACGGAACAAAAGAAAAUGAUUGAUAUUCUGAGCAAUAACUUGAAUCUAGACGACUGGCUACAGCUACAGGCCCAAGUUAUCAGUGACCAGCAUGAGCUGGAGUCCUUAAUCAAUCUUUUGGUGACUUGUUUUCCUCAUUUUAAUACGUUGGUGGAUGCAAAUGACAAAGCAAAGGUACAAAUCAUUGUGAAAACCUUAAAACUGAAGCAUUUAUUUGCAGCCUUAAACAAAAAAACACACGAUCUGGCGACCUAUGAAACAAAUGUUACUAAUUUCAAAUUAACAGCAGAGAGUAUAAUUAGAUAUCUGGAAGAAACGGAGGAAAAGAAUGAUACUUUUCAUCAUCCCAUGCUUGGCAGUUUUAGGAAAUACAUUUUUGAGAACUCCCUAGCACCGCGAGAAAACAUUGCCCAAUUUGUAAUAAAACUAUCGAAUAGUAGCGACGAAGCGAUCAAACGUGCUGUUGAAACAUUCAUCUUGGAAACAGGCAGCACAAAAACAGAAAAUGAAGUGGUGAAACAGUUUUACAAUGAGUACCAUGAAUUUUCAAAGAAGCAGCAAAACAAUAUUGACGCUUUAACUGAAUCAUUAGCAACAGAACUAAAGAAAUCAAUGCAUCGGGAAGCAUUCCGUUUGUGGAAUGAAAGCGUUGGUGGCGAUACUUUGCCUGCAGAUCUAGUUAAGAUGAUCAGACAAGAUGAAACGUUAAGCUCACUGUACGAUAAACUGUUACAUGAGAAAAAUACUGAAUAUGACUGGGAAAGAUGUAGCUCAGAUAAAAAAAUACAAGAAAUAUUCAAGAUCAGCAUAGAACAGGAAGGAAUCACGGGUAAAAGUUACAGAGUACUGCUGGCGUAUACUUAUGAUGUGAACAUUCGGGUGUAUGCUAAAAAUGAGGACAAUGGAAUCGUUCUGAUAGAAGAUCAUAAACCAAAUUCCGCAACAGUGAUACAUAUCUUACAAAAAGAAAACGAUUUCAUUCAACUGAAAGACAAUGAAAGUUACCGCCAACUAGAAGAAGAGCGUCUGCACAAAGAUAAGAUUUAUCGGCAUAUGUUGACGGAGAUUGAUGCUAUGCAGAACAUGAAGGAUUCAAAAAUAUCAGGAUAUCAAAAAAUAUCCCAUCUAUACGGUAACAGUGAUGAUAAUGCAAUCGAGAAAUUAGAUGAAAAUAUAGCGAUUGAAAAGAUUGCAGCAUUUUUUCCAGAGCAGGAAAAAUACCAAAUUGCUCAACGUCUGAAGACCAUUUCAUCUCAGUAUACUAACCAGUACAGAGUGUUCGAUUACAUAUUCCAGCGUUUUUCUGUUGAAAGAAGACAUGUGUCAUCAAACGAACUGUGUUUCUUAAUCAACUCUAUACUUGCUCACACUGUUGAAGCAAGGCAAGAAAGGUACACCUUUUCAUGGAUUGUUGCAGCAUACAAUCAGUGCAGUUGGACAGAUGAGCUGGUGUUGCUGCAGCUGGAGAACUGCUACAAGAGACAGCUGCAGGAAAAGCCCAAAUGGCGCAAGUACAUGUCAAAAAUCGAAAAUAAGGCAGUUUUGUUAGUAUUUUCUGUUCAGUUUACUCGUAAGCCUUGUCCUGCGCAGUGUGUUGAAGAUAUCUUGCACUUGCUGAGUAACAUUCCAAUAGAAUCGGUUCGUUUAGAUGAACUGGAGCUAACAGAGUGGCCUUAUGUGCUUAAAGAAUUCUAUUGGACACAUAAGUUAAAAGCUCUUAUAACGUGGGGAAGUGACUCGGAAGCUUUAACUUCUGCAUCGUUCUUCGUUCUGUCCAUAGAGAACACGUAUGGAAACAAGUUGAUGGAGAAUUUAUUUGAAUCGUUGGUAGAAAAGCGCAGUGAGCUUACGCAUUCUAUGUUAUUAAACGUGCUAUCUUGCUUUCAUAAACAAAAGUGGAACUUGUGUGUUGAUGAUCUUAACGUUUUAAAACAGAGUAACUUGUUUGAAUGGAUUCAACACAUGGAAACAAAGUACAAGAAAGAUUUAAAAGAACUCAAUAUUUCUCAGAUAGUAACAAUCAUUAGAGGCAAUGAUAAUACGUCAAGUAAUAUAGUGAAGCAUUUGUCAGAAAUUGAACAAUCGGUAGCAAAUAUUCAACACAAUCGUAAAACCAUUAAUGCGAGCUUGAUAUCCAACUUUUUAUACAAUGAUGUUGAGAAAUGGGCUGAAGAGUUUCAAAGCAGUCAAAAUAUGCGAUGUUUGGAAAAGUACGAGGAAAUGCUUGCUGUAAUUGAUAGGGCAAUUGAGCUUAAGAGAGGCUUUAAGUUACGAGACACUCAGCGACUAACGGUGUUGGCAUUGCUGACGAACUAUAACAGCACUUUGGCCCAAGUAUCGACCGGUGAAGGGAAAACGGUUAUUGUGGUAGCGAUCGCAAUUAUAAAAGUACUCUUUGGGGAGAAGGUUGACAUUAUCACCAGCUCGUCGGUACUUGCCAAACGCGAUGCAGACGACAAUAAGGACAUCUACGGAUUGUUUGGAAUUAGCGUGUCGCAUAACUGUAGCGAAAAAAUACAAGAACGAAAGGAAGCUUACUCUUCGAAUCAGAUAGUUUAUGGAGAUUUGGGUAACUUUCAACGAGACUAUCUGUUGGACAGAUUCUAUGGAAAACGUAUAUUGGGAGAUCGUAGCUUUGAAAAUGUGAUAGUCGAUGAGGUGGACAGCAUGUUGCUCGAUAAGGGAAACAAUAUAUUAUAUUUAUCGCAUGACAUUGCUGGUAUGGAUAAGCUGGAAUCGGUAUACUUGUACAUUUGGCAAAUGGUCAAUACUCCGACCGAUCUUUCGGAAGAUGAAUUUCGGAAAGAAAUCAAACAGUCGUUGUUGAGUGACAUGUAUACACUCAUCCAGAAAGCGGAUAUCCAGAAGCUUAGCAAAAGUUUGGGAAAAUCAAAUGUAUUGGAGCUAUGGGAGAGAUUAGUUAAGUCUGGAAUAAUAACUGAUUCAGGAAGAUUACAGACUCAAGCUAUUGAUUCCUACAAACUAGAAAAGCUACUUUCCCCAGAAUUUACUCAUUUCAAAGAUCGUCUGAGCUUCUUCAUUUGGUCACGUAUAGAUCGUGAAACGAAUGUUCAGGUACCCAAUUUUCUCAAAGAAUUUGUGGAGAGACACUUGGACAGUUGGAUAUCCAGUGCCUUAACAGCGCUGUACAUGGUCCCGGGACAGUACUAUGUGGUAGACGUCUACAGAUCGGGAACAAGUGCCGACCGUAUUGCAAAUGUAAUUAUUCUCGACAGGGAUACUGGUACUGAUCAGGUAAGUUCACAGUGGGAUGAGGCUUUACACCAAUUUUUGCAGCUCAAGCACGGAUGUAAGCUGUCAACCCAAAGUUUAAAGGCUGUUUUCAUUUCCAACGUUACAUAUUUGAAGAAAUACAAACUGCUGUAUGGAUUGACAGGCACGUUAGGAUCACAAAGAGAAAGACAUCUGCUUGAGGAAAUACAUCAGGUAGACUUUGUUACUGUCCCCACUUUCAAAUCGAAACAAUUUGAAGAGUAUGAACCCAUAAUUUGUUCUGGCAAAGAUGACUGGUUAAAACAAAUACACCAAGAGGUGAGUAAACUCACCAAGACUGAUAAAAGAUCGGUCCUUAUCAUUUGUGAAACAAUCCAAGAUGUAGAAACAUUGCAAAAGAAUAUUGCUUCUAAGGGGCACACAAAAGUUCGCAUUUAUGUACGCGAUUAUGAGAAAUUAGAUGUUACAAGGAGUAAACUGAUACCGGGAGAAGUUAUCAUUGCCACCAACUUGGCAGGUCGAGGCACAGAUAUAAAAAUAUCCGACGAACUUGAAGAGGCCGGAGGAUUACACGUGAUAUUAUCAUACCUUCCGGCGAACAUUCGAAUUGAAGAGCAAGCCUUUGGAAGAGCGGCUAGAAAGGGCGAAAGGGGAUCGGGACAGUUGAUAAUAAUGGCAAAUGGUAGAAUUGCGAAUCUUUCUAUGAUAUUUACCCUCAAGCAAAAACGCAAUGUCGAUGAGCUUUUCCGCAUAUCAGCUAUAAAAGCUUAUUACGAAACAACGAUUAAAACAGAAGAGAGUUGUUUUGAAGCAUUCAACAAGCUGUACGAGAAGAAAAUGAAACUUUUAGCUAAUGCUGAAACGCCAGAGCCAGUGAAGGAUAUUCUGCUCCAAAGUUGUUUGGACAGAUGGUCGUUUUGGUUAGACGAACACAAGACACUGAUCGAAAAAGCAUCAGAUCAGGCUAACAAACGGGAAGUAAAACUGUUUUUACAUCAAUUCCUGUCACAGCUGAAUCAUAUGCAAGGAAUCAAUCCCGACACAUGUUCGACAUGGGUUGAAGAGAAUCCUAUGCGAAUGAUAAAGUUGGGAAAAUAUAUUUCUGAACAUGAAACAAAGUACCGCAAUACAGCAUUGCAACUGUUUAGGAAAGUUAUCUCGAGUGAGCCGUAUUUUUGCGAAGCCGCUUAUUACUAUCGUGCAUACACACGAUCACUUGACAACAUGAACGUAGGCGCCUUCAAAAAGGAUUUGCGUUUGGCUGGUAAGCUCUUUGACAAUCAUAUACAGUGCAAAGUUCAUGCAUUAGGCAUCGUAAGUAAACAAAAGGAUACCGCUAUAUUGAAGAAUACCACUACAGUAAGGAAUACCAUGAGUGAGGACUAUGAAAAGCAAAAUAAUAGCCUUAUUAAUCUAUACUCACUGUUCAUACGAUCAAUAGACGAUAUGUUGGGCCAUUCUAUAAGUCCCGAAUCAUUUGUUAAUUAUGAAAUAAAGGAGGAUGUGGCUGGAAUAAUCUUUGAGGAUCUUAUACGAAUCGGCAUGAUAAAAAAGGCUGAAGUAGUCAAUAACGUACCAAAUGAUCAGAUACACAGAAUUCACAACGAUUACGGGAUUUCUGUAGAUCAAUUGAAUAAGUUCCUAGACCAGCAUAAAGGCCCGAUUGAUGAGAUAGUUUUCCUCAAAACUAUUCGAGAAUCAUUCUCAUUUCCAAGCAGAAUCGAAUUUUGGAAAGAGCUCAUCAAUCAAAAGGUGCUACAUAGUGUUGAAAGGUAUGUUGUAGUAAAUGAAGAACGGCUCAAAAUAAUGGAUCCUGCUCUAAUGAACGUUCUGAAGAAAAAGAUAGACAAAGGAGAUCUGUCGAAAGAAGUUGUUAAUGUAGGCAAGUGUGAGAUAUUGUUGAUUGCCGAAGCACAGUCACAGUUAUACUUUGAAAAAGAGAAAUUCAUUGAUAUGAUCGGUAGAAAGAAGUAUAACUCUCUCCAAGAAAAUGGUUUACUGUCAUUCAAUGAAAGGGCUACCAUCGAAAAAGGUAGAAUUGAUGGCUGUGUGUUCUCUGCAUUUGAUUCUAUAACAGUUCAUGAUAUUACAACCAAGACACGAAUUACCACGCGUGAAGCUAUGAUCAUCAUAGACGAGCUACUUGCGCAAAAUGUUCUAGAAAAGAGAGUCGAGAGUUUUGCUCUAACAGUUAAUAAUGACGACACCCAGGAUGUCUUACUUCCUUCUGUUCCAGUGUAUGAGGAUGUCGUUAGAAACGUCCUUGCUUCAUGUUUUGCUUACAGACUAGCUCUUAGAAACAUUGCACGACAGCUAGAAGAGGAGAACUGUUUUGACAUUCGCAUUGGAUUAAAACUUGAUCCUUAUCGGAUGUUUUUCAACGAUCUAUUACAGCAAAAGAUAAUCCAACCUCCUAUGCUUUCCCACGAGGAGAUUGAUGGAAGCAAGUUGAAAGAGCUGUACGGUAAAUCAUUGUCGAAAGGGGCAUGGAAAAGCGUACUUUCUAAGGAGAUUGGUUUGAGCGUGGAAUAUACCGAGAGUUUGUUUGGCGUGUUGCUUGAGAAACGAUGGAUUUUUUCGCUAAAAGAUGAUAAAACAUCAGUUUUAUUCUAUAAACCAUGUUCUAAAAGCAAUCGGGCAAGUAUUGCUGAUCUAAAUUCCGGCAUUGCUAAAAUUCAGGAGGAACAUGGCCUCGAUGAGUCGUACGACGUUGGUUUCGCAGUUGAAAAAUGGUUUAACAAUCAAUUACUGUUAAGUGAAAGUACAACUGCUGAACAUAUUGAGAAUGUGUUAAGAAAGUCAAAAUCCUCCAUUUUAGGAUUAAAUGUUCCGCAAGGCACGCUGAAAUCGAUCAUGGACUUUUAUGGUAAAGGAAACUUUGGAAGCAUCGAUGAGAUGCGCAUCAUUAUCAGAAAUGGAUUAGAGCAUCUGUUAGAGCUAGGAGAGAGAAAAUGGACCAUAAAAAUGAUACUAAAUACAUCACUGGUUUUAGCCAUUGGUGUAGCACAGAUAGCAAUUGGCGCUAUUAUGGAAGUGUACUCGGUUGGACUUAUGACUCACGCAGCUAGUUCAUUGAUUAGUGAAGGAGUCAACGACAUCAUGUACGCUGUCGAUGCUGCCGUAUCUGAUAAUUUCAGUUGGCAAGAUUACGCAAAUUAUAAAUGGAAAAGUGUAGCCUUUUCGAUUUGCACGGCAGGUGUGGGAAUGUAUGUGUCUAAAGGUGUUAAACUGAGCCGAAUAGGAUUGAAAAUAGUUGGACCAAGUCUCGAGUACGGUGGCAAACGGGUUGCCGGCAAGCAGCUUAUCAAAGAAAUCGGCAGUCGAGCGGUGGUAAAAGAGAUCGCCAAACGUGUGGCGUUGAAAACGGCGAAAGGUGUCUCGUUUGCUUUGGCAAAUACUGCUAAAGAUAUGCUUGUUGCCGACUAUCUGCAAACCAGACUAAACUCUGUAGCAUCGGAUAUUUUGUCAGGAAUCCGGAAAGCGGUGGAAAGUCAUAAAGUUGCUCAAACCUUACAGAAAGCUUAUGAUCAGUUAGGUGAGAACGACGCUAAAGCUCUUGUGGACGACUUGACAAAUGCAUACCUGGUGGAACAGACUAUGACUGAUACAUUUGAGCUCUCCGCUAAGGAAAUAGCCAAUAGUGUGAUAAAAGGAAUAAAAAAUGGAUUUAAAAAAAAGCAUACAAAUAGCAGCAAUUUCAUUUCUAUGCUAGCUUUAGUACCGGAUGUAUUUGAUAACUCUUUACAAAUUGUCGAAAUACUUUCCCAAACUAAUAAACUGUUGGAUUACAUUAAUGCCGAGAUGGUACUGAAGCUCUCAAAAAUUGAGCUUAAAACGCCAGCAAAAGAAACACAAGUAAAUCUACUAAACGGAAAAGAUUUUGAGCGCUUUCAAACGGAAGUGAUCGGUCAAUGGGAAAAGAUAUUGAAUAAGCACGUUGGAAAAUUGAUCGCACAACAUGUUGUGCAGCCAGUGCUUAAAUUCGGCGUGCAAUUGGCCUUGUCAUAUGUCGCCGAAGGUUUAAUGCAUAUAAGAGACAGCCCAAACACUACCCUGGACAGACAUGUUGACAAACUAAAGAACAAGUAUGAGAAGAAAAUCACUCGACCUGAUAUGACGGACGAUACGAAGCGUCAGCUUAUAGACCAGUAUCAUGGGCGGUUGCUGAAAAUGCUGCACAAAACUCGUAGUCCAUCUCUGUUGGGCACUAUCAUCCGGGAGAACGUUCCAAUGGAUUUGAAGUGCGUCGGGGCCUGUACUAACAUAGUACAUAGAAUGUUACAGGCACAAAAUUCUAAUAUCACGGGUCUUACCAUAACUGUGCGUGGAAAAAAGGGAAUAGAGCAAUCGUUUACUUCUGGUAAGAAUGGUCGCAAAGUAUAUCUGGAACUGUUAGAAAACCAUUUUACUGUGUCACAGGUGAAAGGUUCAAACAUUGACACGACUGAGAACAAUAGUCUGUAUGGAGCGCUAACGAUUGCUCUACCGACUUUGCAAUCGAUAGAGCCAACCGUAUUCCGAUCUAAGUUAAGCAAAUACAUUGAAAAUAACAAAAGCCUCCAUCAUCUCAUUCAGCAGAGCUUACAACACGCUCCGUUAAAACAAGGGGUGAUUGUAAGUGCUAAAAUUAAGAAGGUAGACUAAGAACGACCAAGCCACAUUACGACGACGUUCUCUUUUGUGAGUAGGCGAACGAGAGAGAGAUGCAGAGAGAGAUACAAAGAGAGAGAGAGAGAAAGAGAGAGAGAUAGAUACUAAGAACAUAAAGCAUUUUAACGACAAAUCGAUCAUAAACCAACUAGAGAUAAUCAUUUUUGUUGUAUUAAAAAGGUAAAACAGAUUGUUAGUUUUGAAAUUAAAAUGAUAUAAAAAACCAUGUACUAUUGUUUAUCAACUGCUUAGUCUGUUAUCAUUGUAACGUAGAAAAACGUUAAACACCUAAUUCGGUAAACAUAUAAGUUUAAAAAAAACUGGUCAACGUUUAGAUAUCAUUGCAUUUAUUCGUUGGAUAGCAAAAUCUAGAGAAUCGAAUAUCGUUCGGUUUUAAUUUUCGCGGAACGUAAGGUCCGCAGCAAAAACUACUGUAGAAUGUGUACAAAUUGUAAUUUAUAACGCAUUUUGGUCCAGAUGAUCGUAUUGGAAGUCAGUUAUCUACAGAACGCAGCUAAGCGCACAAGGAUCGAGAGAUUAUCGAUUGACAUUGGAACCAGAAUCUUGCAGAUAAUCGUAGUUGUUCAGUCAGAACCGUUAUUGCACAAAUUCUACUUACUUACGUACUGAUACAUGUAGCCUGAUAUAUGAUGUCAAUCAGCCUUCGUUCUUCCUAUAUGACACGAUGAUACGCUUACUGUUCCUGUGUAGUUCCUGUGAUUUAUAAAUUAUUAUUACGCUGAUCAUCACUUCUAAAGAUAAUAACUGGACGAUGAACUAUUUUUAUUUCCGCACCAUAACAACAAGAAGUUGCUUUCUACGUCAAUAAUAACGUUCUGAUCAGUUACCAACGCCUUGUUAUCUCACUGUUUUUAGAUAUACUUGUCUGCUUCGUGAUAAUUCUUAAGAAACAGGGACGAAGUAAAAUUUUAUUUUUGCCAUAAAAAAGGUCAUAGACUCAGUAAAUGUUUAGAAUUAAGAUUAGUAUGGGAUUAUAUAACACCGUUAAAAUGUAAACAUAUGUUGUCAUAUGAAGUCUCGUCACAAAAAGUCAUUUGCAAAACUCAAAAAAGUCAUUUGCAUAAAAAUUCAAGAUUUUUAAUGUAUGCGUCAUUCGCCAAACAUAUGAAUGGAUUAUGGUUUUAUUUUUAAAUAAUUUUAAAUAUCAAGAAACCAUCGAGCAUGUUAAACGGUGUACCAGACUCAGAUAAAAUAUUUGAUAACUGUAAAGUUUUUUUUUAUUUAUGAAAAGAGAGGGUUUGCAAAAAACACACUCAUACAAACACAAUAGGACAUUUUGAAAAAGUGUAAAAAGUCUAAACAUCAUAUAGGAAAUGAUUACCUCUGGGUUCUAAUUGUAUGUAACAAGCUUAUAUUGUAUGCUCGUUUUAGUAUUUUUGCUUUAAGAAAUAUGAUAUUUCACCAGAAUAAGCUAAAUAAUCAGUGGAAAUGUUUAUGAGUAGAUAAAAUAAUUAUGAAGAUCUAAGCUUACUUUAGGAUUUAAAAUGAUGUAAUACCAUGUAAUUUAAAAACUAUUCCUUCAAACGCUCAGUGGGUGUUGGAUUCGCCUUUUUGCAUGGAGACUUCUAAGCGAGCCUAAUGAAAUUGAUAAAGUGCCACAAAACUGCCAUGUGAAUGAAUGUUCAGCAUAUACCAUAGCAAUGUUUCAAUGAAACAGCUAGCACUCUCUCUUUUUCUCUUGUUGGGCUGCUCACGAUAGAGCACGACGGUGUGACAUGGCCCGGUCCACAACAAUUCUCCAGGAUGCUCGGUCCAUGGCUGCAGUCUCCAAUCCAUGUAGACACCCGAUCUCCGACAGGUCUCGCUAGCAAGAUAGCAAUUACCACAAUUGACUAGAAACAUAAAAACUCUGUAUGGAUAAAUGUCUGCCAUUCCAUCUGCCCUAAUAUGUAUUGAGCUGAUUUUGUUAAUUGUGAUUGUGUUAAAUUAUGUUAAUACAUAAUGGGAUUGGAAUCGGUACUAUCUAUUGGCAACGUGAACGUGAGACCUUCGACCGGUUUCGUUCAGCUCUGCAUUAGGACAAAUUGCCUAGAUGGCAAAGAGCCAUCUCAACACUAAAGUGCAACUAUAGUGUUAUGGGUCUAAGAACAUGUUGUAAAAUAGCCAUCUCAUGGGGCAGCCUGGUCAUCUGAUAGAUAGGAGCAAGUUAGAGUUCCACAACUUCAGAUAAUGGGAAAGUCUCAUCCAGCUCAUCCACCACACCGAUUAUGUUGAUAAGGAUAAGAUAAUGCAGACCUUGUGCUGCAAUCAAAAUUAAAAUGCAAAAUGCAAAAUGCAAUUACCUAAAUGUGAAAAUGUUAUAAGUAAGAUGAUUACUAUUCAGUUAGUAGUAUAGUAGUUGAAUAAUAGAUCACUAGAAAUUAGGACUAGAAGAGCAGAGUUUGUAAUGUCGUAUUUAUAGUUUGAUUGCAGUGUAUACAUUAAAUACAUUUUCCGGAGUAAGUAGGUUGAUUCAAUUGAUUCAAUUUAUGUAUUAAUGUUUGUUUGUUGAUUUCAUUUUCAAAAAACGCCUCCAUAUCAGUUUUAUAAACGUAUUUGUGUACUUAUAUAGCGGUCCCGUGGUGUGCAGUCGUCAGCUCGCACGACUUAACAACAUGCCCGUCGUACGUUCAAACUUAGAGGGGGCCGCCUGGCCCCCCGGUAGCAAUAUCUGGCUAUCAAGCUGCAUGGUACUAAAGUCUCGAAAUCCUAUAUAGGGCUGCAUGUCCCCAUAGGAAGAUAGAAGAAGAAGGCCAAAUAGAAGAAGAAGUACUUGUAUCGUAAACGUACGCUAUUGCCUUUGUCAUUUUUUAUUUGCUUAUACCACACUUACUUACAUAUCUGGCGCUACAACCGCUUUGCGGUCUUGACCUCAGGAAUGUCGGAAACUGCUCGCGGUCUCGUGCCUCCUCGUCUUUAUACUAGCAUUUUUAUUAUAAUAAAUGCUACUAAUUGGCAAAAAUGAAUUAUUACAAUUUUUUAACAUACAUUUGUAGGUGAAAUACGGUUUUUGUAAUACUUUAAUAUUUAUAUUGUAUCAUGUGUUGAAAUACAAAAGAAUGUUGAACGGUUGCUAGUAAUAUUUACAUGGUAACCAGUAACAAUUAGAUGGUUUUUGCUAGUUCGUUAUCCCUUCGCGAACCCUGCUAGAUUGCCCUGUCCAUGAGGAAAAAGAUGGAAGUUUUUCAAGCAGAAAGCGUAUCGUCUGAGGGCACCUGAAAGGUAUGCAUCAACCCCUUUCUUAUCUUGGAUCGUGCUUUGAACAUCGUGCAAAGCAAACGCCGUAUCACUUCGUCGUGAGUGCCGCUAGCGGUAACACACGGAGUGAGUUUGUGUGGCGUGUUCCGUCCAGUGAAUUGAGGCAAGCUUUUAUCAGCUGUAAUUUCUGUUUAAGAAUACAAUUUGUCACAGUUAUCGUACCAGUGUUUUGAAAAAAGCAAUAUCAAACGAGUUAAACAGCUCGCAACAGAUGAGUUAAGGCCACUACCCUUCUCUAAUCGUGUGCGUCGAGCUAAGCGUAUCUUGCAAAGGAUGCGUCAUCACAUGUUCGUGUCAAUACCGGUAAACACCGGCCGGCGUCAUGAAGUGCGCAUGACCGAGUGCAUAUAAAUUGAGAGUGAGAACGUAAAGUGUUUAAAUUGGUUCAUUGAGAAAGAAAGUAACGUAGCAAAAACGUUAAGUGAUUUGUGCGACUUCAAACGAAAUGAUAAACAUGUGGUGAUGGGAAUUCCCCAAUGUAAAGCAUUUUGCUUGUUUUUUUUGUCUGCGAUUCCGGCAGACGGAGACGGUUUCAGUUAUUCUGCAGUUGUGUGAACCAACGUGACCUUGACAGCUUCGGAAUUUCCACUCCAUAGCAGUACAGUAGUGUGAUUGACAAUGUUGCAAUUAAAUUGUGAAAUUAUACAAAUGUGGUUGAAUGUGAGUGAAGUCUGAUGGUAUGUAGCGUCAAACGAAGCAAGACAGUGUAACGUGCUGAUGCCCUGCGUGAAGGAUUGAUUCUUCGAAACGGCUGUAAUCUAUUAAGCAAUUAACGUAUAAAACCAACAAGAUACGGGAUAUAUGGUCGUCGAUAAGGAAAAUGUAUAAAGUGAUAAGCGGUUGUGGCUGGUGCUUACCAUUAAAGUGAAUCAGUGAAUAAAAAACAACGUGCAAAUAAGCAAUAACAUAGUCCAAUAACAAUAACGAAAGACAUCCGAUCAUGGAAUUGCCGGUGACGAUAUGGAAGAGGAGUGUGGACAGCCGAACGGUGAUUGAAGUGAAAGGGAAGCAUAUCGUGCUAAGUGAAAUUAAAUCACGCAUAGAAACCCUCUUGGCCAACUCUACUGUUGAAGAGGUUCGUAUCUUUGCUGGCAUCAUUCUUACCAUCGAUGUGGAUCUUUCUCGCGAUGUUUGGCAUGGGCGAAAUCUGGUGGUUUUGGCGAACGAAAUCAAAGUGUGCACUGCGGUUCGUUGGAAUGUGUCUGGGAAAGAUAACGACCAUACCUACACGUCCAAUGCCGGUACGGAUGGGAACGGUGUUGGCAAACAAGGAGCCGAUGGAUAUCCGGGCGAAAGUGGAGGUAACGUUUUAUUGCAGGCAAACACAAUUCAACACCCCGAACGAUUGACGAUCAUUUCGAACGGUGCAAACGGAAGCAACGGUCAGGAUGGUGGCAAUGGAAAGGCGGGCGUCGACGGUAAAGGUAUCUCUAGGGCAGACUUUGAGGACAAGUUUCCGCCGACUGCCAAGUUUUUGGAGGGGCCUCGUGCUAGCCGCGUAGAAACCACUGUCAAAAACAUUAAAAACUUAACUCGAAACAUUAAAACACAGUGGUUGGUUACAACAAUGCCCUUAUUUCCCGUCAAUACCACUCACAGAGAAAACGUACUUUAUCACACGGAUUUUCGUAUCGAUUACUUUAACAGUCUUUACAUCGAGGUGGAAACGCACGAUGGCUGCGAGAUAACUUUUUCUUUUCAGCAAGGCACAACGUUUUACAACUGCCAAUCGUUUCUGAUGUACAAGGGAACAUCUGGCCAGCGUGGACAGGCUGGCGGAGGAUAUGGGCUGGGAGGUCAAGGUGGAUUUGCUGGCGAAGUGACAAUUAAACGUUUAUACGACGGUCGUACGUUUGACAUUAAGACAUACUGCAACCGGGGCAAUGAUGGAGAUAACGGAAAUGGUGGAUUGUAUGGUGCGCACGGUAAAAAUGGUUGGGACAUGGGUUAUGUGGAUUACAUAACGCACGAACCAAAAUUGUAUGGACAGGAUGAAAAGAGCAAACUUCAGCUGUCGUUCUAUGAAGAAAAUUCAUCCAGCAGAAUGUAUUGUCCAUAUAAGGCUUACAUCGACAGCAGCUACAAAUAUGCUGGAUUCCAGGUAUCAAGAAUUGACCAUCAAUCUAGUAACGAAUUCAGGGAAAGGAACAACACCCAGUCACGUACCGACAGACAGCAUCAUGCGAAAGCAAUAGGGAAGAAAUCCAUUCCUGGGCUGCGCAUUGCUGCUGCAUUUUCCGAAUACUUGCAAGAAAUUGAACAAGAAAGGCAGCAAUUGGAAAAACAAAGAAUCGAGAGAGAAAAGCAAGAAUUAGAACGGCUGCGAAUCGAGAAAGAAAAACAGGAAUUAAAGAAACAACGGGAAGAACUUGAAAAACAAAAUUUGGAAAAACAACGGAUCGAGAGAGAAAGGAAGCAGGAAUUGGAGAAACAACGGAUUGAAAACGAAAAGGAACAAUUGGAAAAACAACGGAUUGAGCAAGAACAGCAGGAAUUGGAGAGACAACGAAUCGAAAAGGAAAGACAGGAACUGGAAAAACAACGGAUCGAACAAGAAAGGCAGAACAUGUUGCAACAGCGAAUCGAACAAGAAAAGCAACGUUUAACACAACAGCAGAUUGAAAAAGAAAGGCAACAAGAAAUGGCUGAACAGGUGAAAGAAUAUUUGAAUUGUGAUGCAUUGCAGCAAGUUGUUGAAAGCCAAUACGCAGAUCUUGAUCGAGUCACGGAUCUGGACAUAAAACGGUUUGUUAAUUUUACACAAGAUACUUCUGAUCAGGAUCGAAACGAGUUUGUUAAACUUGGUGAAAUGUAUAAAGAUCCUGGUCGAGAGGAAAUAUUCAGCAAAUUGUACAAUAACUUGAAUCUAGACGAUUGGCUACAGCUUCGAACACGUCCUGCUGAUCGCCCUGAGCUGGUGUCUUUGGUGGAACAUUUUAAAUCAUUAAAAUCACAGUUCGAACGUUUGCUUGGAAGGGAUUGCAGUGCUAAGAUAACGAAUGUUACAGAAACGUUGAAAAUCAAGUAUAAAAUAGCAAUUCUGAAAGAAAUUACACAGGAACUGCCGAUCUGUUUCACAACAGUGAAUCGUUUCGUAUUGACAGCAAAGACUGUAGGGAGAUAUCUGGAAGAAACGGAUGAAAAGAAUGACACAUUUUAUCAUCCCGAUCUUGGCACUUUGAAGCAAUACAUUUUUGAAAACAAUCCAGCACAACGAGAUAACAUUAACAAAUUCAUGGCAAAAGCAUCAGAAAGUAACGACAAUGCGAUCAAACGUGCCGUAGAAACAUUCAUUAUGGAAACAGAUAGCUCAAAAGAUGAAAAUAAACGUGUGAAACUGUUUUAUGAUGAGUAUCAGAAUUAUUUGGAGAAACAGCAAAGAAAUAUUGAUGCUAUAACGCAAUCAUUAGCAGCAGAACUAAAGAAAUCUAAACAUCAAGAAGCAUUCCGUCUGUGGAAUGAAAGCAUUGAUGACGAUGGUUUGCUGGAGGAUUUUGAAGAAUUGAUUAGAAAAGAUAAGGUGUUAAGCUCACUGUAUGAUGAACUGAAGCGUGCCGAAAAUGCUGAAUAUGAUUGGGAAAGGUGUUGUGCCGAUGAAAAAAUACAAGAAAUAUUCCAGAUCAACUUAAAGCAGGAAGGAAUCAUGUGCAAAAGUUACAGAAUACUGCUAGCGUAUGUAUAUGAUGUGAACAUUCGGGUGUAUGCCAAGAAUGAAGACAAUGAAAUCGUUCUGAUAGAAGAUCAUAAUCCAAAAUCCAUUAAAAUUACACACAUUUUACACAAAUCGAACGAAUUCAUUCAACUGAAAAUCAAUGAAAGCUUCCGCCAGUUAGAAGAAGAGCGUCUGCACAAGGAUCGAAUUUUCAGACGAAUUCUGACGGAGAUAAACGGAAUGCAGGACAUACAGACCAUCGAGAAUUACUUCGAACGAGAAGUAUUUUAUCGAAACAGUUCUAAUUUCGCUAAAAUGUUUGAAGAUUUAGAAGACGAGAUAACAGUUGAAAAGAUUGCAGCAUUUUUUUCAGCCGAUGAGAAGGACCAAAUUGCUCAUCGUCUGAAGAACAUUUCUCCCAAAUACACCGGCCAACAUGGAGUGUUCGAAAGCAUCUUGCUGCGUUUUUCUUUCGAAGGCAGCCAUGUGUCAUCUAACGAACUGUGUUUCUUAAUCAACUCUAUACUUGCUCACACUGUUGAAGCAAGGCAAGAAAGGUACACCUUUUCAUGGAUUGUUGCAGCAUACAAUCAGUGCAGUUGGACAGAUGAGCUGGUGUUGCUGCAGCUGGAGAACUGCUACAAGAGACAGCUGCAGGAAAAACCCAAAUGGCGCAAGUACAUGUCAAACAUCGAAAAUAAGGCAGUUUUGUUAGUAUUUUCUGUUCAGUUUACUCGUAAGCCUUGUCCUGCGCAGUGUGUUGAAGAUAUCUUGCACUUGCUGAGUAACAUUCCAAUAGAAUCGGUUCGUUUAGAUGAACUGGAGCUAACAGAGUGGCCUUAUGUGCUUAAGGAAUGCUAUUGGACACAUAAGUUGAAAGCUCUUAUAACGUGGGGAAAUGACUCGGAAGCCUUAACUUCUGCUUCGUUCUUCGUUCUGUCCAUAGAGAACACGUAUGGAAACAAGUUGGUGGAGAAUUUAUUUGAAUCGUUGGUGGAAAAGCGCAGUGAGCUUACGCAUUCUAUGUUAUUAAACGUGCUAUCUUGCUUUCAUAAACAAAAGUGGAAUUUAUGUGUUGAUGAUAUUAACCUUUUAAGUCGAUGUAGUAUCAAGAAAUGGAUUAAACAUAUGGAAGAAAAGUUCAAGAUAAACUUAAAGGAAUUAAAUAUUUCACAGAUAGCAACUAUCAUUAGAGGCAAUGCUAACACAUCAAAUAAUAUAGUGAAACAUUUACCUCAAAUUGAAAAUUCAGUAACAAGCAUUUAUAAUAACAAGAGAACGAUACACACGAGUUUGAUAUCCUCUUUUUUGCUCAACGACGUAGAAAAAUGGGUUCAAGAGUUCCAUGUUAAGAACCAGAAAACGAAUACAAACAUGUACGAAGAAAUGCUUGCUGUAAUAGGUAGGGCAAUUGAGCUUAAGAGAGGGUUUAAGUUACGAGACACCCAGCUAUUGACAAUUUUGGCCUUACUAGUCAACGAUAACAGCACUUUGGCACAAGUAUCUACAGGCGAAGGUAAAUCAUUGAUCGUAGUAGCGACCGCGAUCAUUAAAGCGCUCCUAGGGGAGAAGGUAGAUAUUAUCACCAGCUCCUCAGUACUGGCUCAACGAGAUGCUGUCACCAACAAUGAUAUCUACGAAUUGUUUGGUCUUAGUGCCUCCCACAACUGUAGCGAACAGAUAGAGGAGCGAAAGGAAGCUUACUCAUGUAAUCAAAUAAUUUACGGAGAUUUGGCAAACUUUCAACGUGACUAUUUAUUAGACAGAUUUUAUGGAAAGCAUGUAUUGGGUGAUCGUAGCUUUGAAAAUGUGAUCGUCGAUGAGGUGGACAGCAUGUUGCUCGAUAAGGGAAACAAUAUGCUAUACCUGUCGCAUGACAUUGCUGGUAUGGAUAAGCUGGAAUCAGUAUAUUUGUUUAUUUGGCAAAUGGUCAACAGUCCAACCGAUCUUCCGGAAGAUGUACAUAUGGAAGCGGUUAAAAGAUCAGUUUUAAGUGACAUGUAUGCAAUCAUCCAGAAAGAGGAUAUCCAAAGUUUGGACAAUGCUUUGGGAAAAUCGAAUGUAAUGGUGCUAUGGGAGAGAUUAAUCAAGUCUGGAAUAAUAAAUGACGCAGGAAGAUUACAAACGAAAGCUAUUGAUUCCAACAAAUUAGAAAAAGUACUUAGACCAGAUUUCACACAAUACAAAGAUCGUCUAAGCUUCUUGCUUAUGUCUUGUCUCGAACGCGAAACGUGCAUCAAAAUACCAAAUUAUCUAAAAGCAUUCGUGGAGAGACACUUGGACCGUUGGAUAUCCAGUGCCAUAACAGCGCUGUACAUGGUCCCGGGACAGUACUAUGUGGUCGACGUCGAUAGAUCGGGAACAAGUGCCGACCUUAAUGCAAAUGUAAUUAUUCUCGAUAGGGAUACGGGUACUGAUCAGGUGAGCUCACAGUGGGAUGAGGCGUUGCACCAAUUUUUGCAGCUUAAGCACGGUUGUAAGCUGUCAACCCAAAGCCUGAAAGCAGUUUUCAUUUCCAACGUUACAUACCUGAAGAAAUACAAACUGCUAUAUGGAUUGACAGGCACGUUAGGAUCACAGAGAGAAAGACAUCUGCUUGAGGAGAUACAUCGGGUUGACUUUGUUACUGUUCCUACCGCCAAGUCGAAGCAGUUUGAAGAGUAUGAACCUAUCAUUUGUUCGAGCAGUGAGGAUUGGAAAAAACAAAUACGACAAGAGGUGAAUAAACUAACAAAAAUUGAUAAAAGAUCGGUCCUGAUCAUUUGUGAGACGAUCAGGGAUGUCGAAUCAUUCCAGAUGGUGUUUGAUUCUGAGGAGCACUCAAACGUUCACACUUAUGUACGUGAUUAUGAAACGUUUGAUGUUGCGGAAGGGGAUAGAAAGUUGGAACCGGGACACGUUAUCAUUGCUACCAAUUUGGCAGGUCGUGGCACAGAUAUAAAAAUAUCCGACGACCUUCGGAAGGCCGGAGGGUUACACGUGAUACUAACAUACCUUCCGGCGAACAUUCGAAUUGAAGAGCAAGCAUUCGGAAGAGCAGCUAGAAGCGGAGAUAAGGGAUCGGGUCGGAUGAUAAUAAUGAUAACCGAUGGAAAAAUGCACAAUCGUUCUAUGAUAUUUACCCUCAAGCAAAAACGCAAUGUCGAUGAGCUUUUCCGCAUAUCUGCUAUAAAAACUUAUUACGAAACCACUAUUAAAACAGAAGAGAGUUGUUUUGAAGCAUUCAACGAGUUGUAUGAGAAAAAAAUGAAACUUUUAGCUAAUGCGAAAGAGGCAGUGAAGGAUAUUCUGCUCCAAUGUUGUUUGGACAGAUGGUCGUUUUGGUUAGACGAAAACAAUGUACAGAUAGGAAAAGCAUCAGAUGACGCUUCCAAGCGGGAAGUAAAACAACUGUUGGAGCACUUUCUAUCACAAUUUGAUGAUCUGAAAGCAACGAGCGCAAACUAUUGGCCAGCUUGGGUUGAAGAAAACCCAAUGCAAAUGAUCAAAUUGGGAAAAUAUAUUUCACAACACGAUUCGAAGCAUCGCGAUACAGCAAUGCAACUGUUUGGGAAAGUUAUCUCGAAUGAACCGUGUUUUUGCGAAGCCGCUUAUUACUAUCGUGCAUACACACGAUCGCUUGACAACAUGAACGUUGGCGACUUCAAAAAGGAUUUGCGUAUGGCAGAAAAACUCUUAAACGAUCAUAUAAAAUAUGCAAUGCAUGCAUCAGGUAUGGUGUGUAAGCUAAAGAAUAACACACCACCGAUCGAGGGCUAUGAAGAGCAAAAGAAGUGUCUCAUUAAUCUAUACUCAUUGUUCAUUCAAUCCAUAGACGACAUGUUGGGUCAUGCUGUAAGUCCUGAAUCGUUUGUUAAUUAUGAAAUAAAGGAGGAUGUUGCUGGAAUAAUCUUUGACGAUCUUGUACGAAUCGGCAUGAUAAAGAAGGCUCAAGUAAUCGAUAACAUACCUAAUGAUCAGAUUCAGAGACUUCACGUCGAGUACGGGAUACCUGUAGAUCAGUUGAAGAAGUUCUUAGCUCAACAUAGGGGCCCUAUUGAUGACAAAGAAUUUCUGACAGCUAUUCGAGAAUCAUUUUCAUUUCCAAGCAGAAGCGAAUUUUGGGAAACACUUAUUAACCAAAAGGCUCUGCUCAGUGUUGAAAGGUAUGUUGCGAUCAAUGAAGAACGGCUCAAAAUAAUGAAUCCUGCUCUAAUGAACGUUCUGAAGGAAAAGGUAGACAAAGGACAGCUGGUGAAAGCAGUUGUUAAGCUAGAUAAGCACCAGAUCUUGUUGAUCCACGAACAACAGUCACAGUUUUACUAUGAGAAAGAGAAGCUCAUUGAUAUGAUCGGUAGAACGAAGUAUACCUCUCUUGAAGAAAAUGGUCUACUAUCAUGCAACGAAAAGGCAACCAUAGACCCAAGUAGAAUUACUGGUUGUGUGUUCUCUGCCUUUGAUUCUAUAACAGUUCAGGAUAUUACAAACAAGACAAGAAUUACAACGAGUGAAGCGAAAAAUAUCAUCGCAGAACUACUUAAGCGUAAUGUUCUACAAAAAAGGGGUGAAACGUUUGUCCUACCAAUGAACUAUGACGAUAGCCAGGAUGUCUUGCUUCCCACCUAUCCAGUGUAUGAGAGUGUCGUUAGAAACGUCCUUGCUUCAUGUUUUGCCUACAGAUUAGCUCUGAGAAACAUUGCACGACAACUAGAAGAGGAGAACUGUUCUGACAUUCGUAUAGAAUUGAAGCCCAAUCCCCAUCAAAUGUUUUUUACCGACUUACUGGAGCAUAAGAUAAUACUCCCUCCUAUGGCCACGCAUGAGAUCGAUGAAAGUAAAAUCAAGGCAAUGUAUAAAACAUCAUGGUCGAAAGGGGCAUGGAUAAGCAUACUUUCUAAGGAUAUUGGUUUGUCUCAAGAAUACACCAAGCUCCUGGUGGAUGUGCUGCUUAAAAACCGUUUUAUUGUUCCAAACCCUUUAAUGGAAUUGUUGUUAUUUUCUCCUUCAAAUAACAUGUCUGAAGAAAUAAAGAAUGCAAUGACAAGCUACAGGUUCAAUUCGAAAGAUGACCGAACUAGCGUAGCCUAUUUAAAAUCAUGCAUUGCAUCAAUCAAUCAAAAGCAUGGACUUCUUGAAUCCUACGACGUUGGAGUUGCGAUUGAAAAGUGGUUUAACAAUCAAUUGCUGUUAAUUGAAAACGGAACUGCUAAACAUAUUGAGAAUGUCUUAAGUAAGUCGAAAUCGUCUCUAGCAGCAUUAAAUGUUCCGCAUGGCGCGCUGAAAUCGAUCAUGGACUUUUAUGGUAAAGGAAACUUUGGAAGCAUCGAUGAGAUGCGGAUCUUCAUCACAAAUGGAUUAGAGCAUCUGUUAGAGCUAGGAGAGAGAAAAUGGACCAUGGAAAUGAUAUUGAAAACCUCACUGGUGUUAGCGUUUGGUGUAGCACAGAUAACAAUUGGCGCUAUAAUGAUGGUGUAUUCGGUUGGAAUGAUGACUCACGUUGCCGGAGCUUUCAUGGGCGAAGGUGUCAGCGACAUCAUGUUUGCUGUGGGUUCUUUUAAGUCAGGUCACUUCAGCUGGAAAGAUUACGGAAAGCAUAAGUUACAAAGUCUGCUUUUUACGAUCGGUACGGCCGGUGUGGGAAUGUAUCUCUCCCAGGGCGCCAAGAUGUCUCGCAUAGGUUAUAAAGUUGCUGGACCAAGUCUCGAGUACGGUGGCAAACGGGUUGCCGAAUCAUCCGGAAAGCAGUUAAUCAAAGCAGUUGGUGGACGGACGGUCGUUAAGGAGAUAGCGAAGUGUGUGGCGCUCAAAACAGCAGAAAGUGUCGCAUUUGCUGUGGCAAAUACGGCCGUGGAUACGGUUGUUGAAAAUCAUCUGCAAUCCAUGUUGAACUCCUUAGCAUCGGAUAUUUUAUCUGGAGUUAAGGGUGAAGUAGCAAAUCACAAGGUUGCUCACAAUUUGCAGAAAACGUACGAUCGUUUAGGGGAAAAUGACGCUAGAGCCCUCGUGAACGACUUGACAAAUGCAUACAUGAUGGAACAGAACACAACACAAACCUUCCUUCCAUUCACCAAGCAAAUAAGCCAAAGCGUGAUGCAAGGAAUCGGGAACGCAAAUAAAAAAAUAGGUACCACAAACAGUGCCAUGGUGCUGAUCAACCAAAUCAGUCGAGUAAUGGAUUGUGUGGAUCGUGUUACACAAGUCUAUAAAAUGCGCAACGCAACACACCAAUUGCUUGAUAGUAUUAACGUCGAAAUGGAGCGGAAACUCGCAAACAUUGAGCAGAACUCAGCUACAUCGAAAGAAACCCCGGCAAAUGGCAAAGAUUUUGAGCGCUUUCAAAGGGAAGUGGUUGAGCAAUGGGAAACGACGUUAAGUAAGCACGUUGGGCAACUGAUCGCACAACAUGUUGUGCUGCCAGUGCUGAAAAUGGGCGUAAAUAGUGUCCUUUUACAUGUAGGUUCAGCAUUGAAGGACAUUAGACGCAGCAUGAUAGAGUCGGAAUUGAGCAGAGAUGUUCACCGGCUGAAGGACGAACACGAACAGAAGAUGAAUCGGCCCGAUAUGACAGCAGAAACAAAGCGUCAACUGACAGAGGAAUAUCAUGGUCAAUUGCUGAAGAUUAUGCACAAGACUCGUAGUCCGUCUCUGUUUGCCACCAUCAUCCGGGAAAACGUUCCAAUGGAUUUGACUUGUGUCGGGGCCUGUACUCCAAUGAUACAUAAAAUGCUACAGGCACAACAUGGUGCGUUAUCGGGGCUCACAAUCACUGUCCACGGGGAAAAGGGUAUAAAACAAUCGUUCAGUUCUGGAACGGGUGGUCCCGAGAUUCACCUAGAUCUGAAGGGCAAUCAUUUCACUUUCGGAGCUGGAGAGUCAACUGUUGCCACGACAGGUAAUAAUUGUCUGUACGGAGCACUAGCAACAGCUAUACCGGAUCUGCAAGCUGUAGGAGAGGAUUCGUUCAGAUCCAUGUUGUGUGAUUCCAUCCAGCAUGAUGAUAGCAUGCACCAUCACAUUCGACAGGGUUGGCAUCGUGUGCCGUUAAAGCAUGGUGCGGUUGGCGGAGCCCGCAAGUCCCCUGCCAACACGACCAAUAUAGGAGAUGGUACAUUCAAAGCACCGACGGUGAUCUUGUCGAAUGAUAGACCGAAAGGAAAACCUAAAGCACGUUGCUUAAGCAAAACGCCGUACGUAAAUGAUGAAUCAUCCACAACCAAUGAGUUGCAAGGCGAAACAGGUCUACCCGUCACGAACGAUUCCAGAACUCCCGAGUAUCAUCUGGAUUCGCGUGUAGCUCACCAUACGGGUCGAUUUGCAGGGGAGUUGAAAAAAAUCGCUGAAAUAACGAACAUUCCUGUGGAUGAACUGAUCAAAGCGGGGCGCAGUAUGUGCAAGGCGAGCAGAAACUGCUCUGGACAAGAUCAGCAGCAGGCGCAUGUGGUGCGGGUUUCCAUCCUGGAGGAAAGGCUAAAAACCGACUUUCCAGAUUUAUACCAAAGGCUCACACGCCACGCCGGUCACACACAGCUAGUUGAUAAGUUUGUGAACGUGUUUCAUAAAAUAGGUGGAGAUAUCGAUAGGAAUCAGGCCGACUGGAUACUUGAUCUUGCAACUGUAGAUUUCACGACAGGAUUAAACGAUCAUUCGAGAGAAGUGUUUGAGAAGUAUAAAAGUUCCGUUUUGAGAGUGUUUGAUAACAACAUCAACUCGAACAAGUACAGUAAAGAGCAGGUGUUGGUUAUAAAAAAUGCAAGAAAAAUUAUUAAUAACACUAGUACAGAGGUGUUGUUUCAACGUGCACAGAAAGGAUAUGAUUUUAAAUACGAAUACAAACCAUCAGGGCGCGGUGUGGGAAGACCCAAAAUUUAUAGAACAGAAAACGAGGAAUAGGUUUAUUGGUUCCUUAAUUUUCAACAUACUUUGAGGGCAAUGAGGAAUAGUCAUUUAGUUUCAGAAGGGAUGUAAUGGUUUGUAUGAUAUCGAAACGAGUUGUAUUCAUCUUUUAAACGUACUAUAUUGAGUUACUUAUGCGCUAUGAUUAUAAUAUCAUUGUUUUAGGAUCAUUGACUGUUUAAAAAAAGGCUUAAAUUGUCACUAGUAUCAUAUUGCUUUCUAACGACAAGAAUUAGGCUUAUGUAUGUUCUGCACUGUUUAGGAUUUUAUUCUUUGUUAAGGACGCGUCAGGGAGAGAGAUAGCUACAAUUAAUCUAUAGCUUGUACCUUGAAACACUCAAAUGAUUAUUAUUCAACAUUCUUCAUUUGAUAAGGGAUUCCUCAACACCCGGUCUCGUAGUACAGUCGUCAACUCGUACGACUUAACAACAUGCCCGUCAUGGGUUCAAUCCCCAAAUAGACCGCGCCGCCAUAUGUAGGACUGACUAUCCUGCUAUGGGGGGGAAUCAAUUAGUCACUGAAAGCCAAGCCCGCAACCUUAAUGUAGUUGGAAGAUCUUAUUCCAUGCACACAAUAAACUGAACCGGCCGCAAUCGAGUCUAAUCUACUCUGCGCUCUAAAUGAAUUAAAUCUUCUAUUGGAGUUUUAUACCUGAAGGAGGUUGCCUUGGAGUGGAUUGGUGUUAUAUUCAUAAACUGUCCAAUAACUACUACUGUGGAUUUCUGGGAGAAAGUCUUUUACAUAAAACUUGUAUGAGCUACUUGAACUUAAAUGCGGAUUCAACGCGUGGAUGCAUAUGAAUUGGUUUUAUUCAUUGACUUUGCAAAAAAGGCCGAAAUCAAAGGGCUGCAUGCGGCUUGUUAGCCGAUCGCUGGUCUACGCUGAUCAACACUGAUGUCUGGGUUUAAAGAAGUUAAAAAAAACAAAUUACACAACUUGUUGACAAAGCUUUUGUGCUUUUUUCUAAUGGCUAACGAUCAGUUUCGGAAAGAAAUGCCUAAAAAAAGCAAUUAUCUGAGUGUGAAAAGGUUAUAAGCUCUAUGAUUACCAUUCAGAAGGUAGGAGAGUAGCUAAAUAAUAGGAUAGUUAUUUAGGAUUAGUUUUAGCAUCGUAUUUAAAGUUUCUUUGCAAAUUUAACACUUAAUCAUGUUUCCGGAGCAAGUCAUUCGAUAAUCAGUUUUGUUUAUUGAUGUUUUUUUAUACCAACGCCAUUACACUACAAAAAUCUUAUGCUAUUAUUUGUUAAUUAACAUAGAGGUAAUAAAUUUAGAUCAUUAAAAUCAUA